AUGGCGGGUGUCAGCAGCUGCAUGAAGUACUCCAUGUUCAUCUUCAACUUCUUAUUUUGGGUGUGUGGUUCCAUUAUUUUGGGAGUCUCUAUAUGGAUUCGGGUUAGCAAAGACGCUCAGCAGGUAAUGUAUGCAAUAAACAGCAGCCUGUUUGCAGCUGUUGACCUGAUGAUAGCUGUGGGCUCCAUCAUUAUGGUCCUUGGUUUUCUGGGGUGCUGUGGUGCCAUAAAGGAAAGCCGAUGCAUGCUGCUGUUGUUUUUUAUUGGACUGCUUCUGAUACUGAUCCUUCAGGUCACAGGAGGUAUUUUGGGGGCAGUGUACAGAUCCCAGAUUGAAACAUCCCUUAACAAGACUCUGAUGGAGGCUGUGAAUUCAUUGCAAAGCUCUACAGAAGAAUCUAAAGUCUUUCAAGAAAAGUUCCAGAAGUUUCAGAGAAAGAACCAGUGCUGUGGUUUGCUAAAUGGAGCUGAAGACUGGGGAAGAAAUUUUAAUAAUCUUAUUGGCGUCAAUAAAAUCUGUGAGUGUGACCUAAAGAACCCAUCACCAGACCUCUGCACCACUUUUCAAGGCAGAUCCGUUUAUAAAACGCCUUGUGGAGAUGUGAUUAUCAAAUACCUUAAAGACCAUCUGCUCAUAAUUAUGGGGAUUGCCUUUGGACUGGCUGUUAUUGAGAUUCUUGGUUUGGGGUUUUCUAUGAGCCUCUACUGCCAGAUUCAGAGAAAAUGA